CUCUUUUAUCCUAUACUAAGCUAUUACGCUUGAUUUUAGCAACCAUUCCUUAAGCAAAAAUGGCUGGAGGCAAGGCCGGUAAAGAUUCCAAGACUAAAGCUAAGGCAGUUUCUAGGUCCGCUAGAGCUGGUCUACAGUUCCCUGUUGGUCGUAUCCACAGGCAUUUGAAGAACCGCACAACUUCCCAUGGACGUGUUGGUGCUACUGCUGCUGUUUACAGUGCUGCUAUUUUGGAGUACUUGACCGCUGAAGUUCUAGAGUUGGCAGGUAAUGCUUCCAAAGAUUUGAAAGUAAAACGUAUCACGCCUCGCCAUCUCCAAUUAGCUAUUCGUGGUGAUGAAGAAUUGGAUUCACUGAUCAAAGCUACCAUUGCUGGUGGUGGUGUUAUCCCACACAUCCACAAGAGUCUGAUUGGUAAAAAAGGAGCUAACAAACCUAAUUAAAGCGAUAGCUUUUAUCGUAAUACUGUAUGCUGUGAAUUUAGCCAAUUCUAUUAGUUUUUACCUCUUCUAUACCUCGAAUUCCCUUACAAGUGGUAUAUUACACCUAUAUUCAUGUGCAGUUUGUACAAAACUAUCCCUCUCUGGCCUAGAGUGUUGGAUGUUAGUUUAGCACUAAUAGGUAGAAUAUAGUAGCUAUCUACGUACAAUUUAUUUGUGUACUUGGCAAAUUUCUGCAUCUUCUGUUACCUUGUAUUUAAAUUCGUUUCAGUAUGUUAUCUCUACUACAUUUAUCAUUCGUUACAUAAUGCGAUACUGUCAGACUUCGCCAAAUGAAAAUCGAUAGGCAUUAACAG